GUACAGACUCCUCCUCUUUCUUCCUCCUCCUCCUCCUCCUCUUCCUCUUAACCUCGCACGCGCACCAGACAACUACUUUAUAUAUGCUUUUUGUGCCGCUCUUGCGCUGCUCAGACAAAAAAUAACCUUGUAUCGUUGCAGUGUCCGCGAGAAAGACGCUGAGAAAAUGUGCGCCGUGCUCUUGUCUCCGUAACUUGUGACUCGGAAAGACAGUGACGGUGACGGUGACGCUAAAGGCAGUGACAGAACACAAUGAAAAGGAGCAGUAACGUAUGUAAACCUCACGCCCUAGGAUCACCCAAUAGUAGAAGUGUGAUACAGUAUGGCAUGGAAAACUAACUUAUUGGAAACACAGAAGGAGGAGCGCAGCAGCAGAAGUGGUAGUAGGAGUAGCAGAAGGGUGGUUAAGAAUGGAUCUGGGCCCCGUGAGGACCAUAUAGCGAUUUCAAGUGACAGUAGCAGAAAUAUUGAGGCUUCCUACUGGACUCAGCCACUCUGGAACCUUGAAAAAGCAGCAGAAGUCGCAGAAGAAGUGGCAGAAGGAAUGUUAAGAAUGGAUCUGCGCCUCGUGAAGGACAUACAGCGAUUCCAAGUGACAGUAUAAGUAGUGAGGCUUCCUACGGGACUCAGCUACACCGAAGUAGAAGCAGAAGUAGUAGAAGGAGUAGCAGAAGCAGGGAUACCAAGAAUAUCACUCCUUAAGUUCCUUCGUCAGGUUAAUCUAAGGCUUCCUAUUGGAUACGGCAACUCAGGAUUCCCGAAAUAGACAGCGGGAGGAAUAAGAAGGACCACAACAAGAAUACUAAGGAUACCACUAUGCAGGAUCCUUCGUCAGGCUACUCCAAGGCCUCCAGGGACGUGACCAAGCUCUCCUGCACUCUCCCACUCUCCCAAACACUCACUUGUUGAACGACUUCCUCUGCGCCAAACAAGAUUCAACAGACUUCCUGCCUCCUUCAUCGUCUCCACCUCCUCCUCCUCCUCCUCCUCCUCCUCCUCCUCCUCCGUCUCCUCCUCUUCCUGCCCCAUCAUCGCUCUCCUCCGCCUUCCGUCUCACCUGCCCACCUGACCCAGACACCACGUGACCUUUGCCUGGGUGGCCCGUCUGAGGAUUAUUUCUGUUAGCCAGAGAGAGAGAGAGAGAGAGAGAGAGAGAGAGAGAGAGAGAGAGAGAGAGAGAGAGAGAGACGCGUAAGUUUCGAAACGCAUCAGGAAGUUUAGUAGCAGUCUCCCUCCCGCCAUUUCUUGCCUCCGGUGGGUUCAGUUCCCGACGGAGGCUGAGAAGAGGCGCACGAGAGCGAGGCGGCACGAGGACACGGCGAGUCGGCGGCACGCAAGGCUGGAGGACGGACGGGCGAUCACACCUCCCUGCUCCCUCCUUCAGGCUCUUCCUCCUCCUGUCGCGCCGUCAGGAGAAGCGUAGAGCCAACACGCUGCGCGCUGCCAAGAUUAAGUUCAAGGAGUGGAGUGCCUACGGACAGACACUGACCUUUCAGCGACCUAGUGACGGAGGAAAAUUGGGAUUAUUUGCAUACCUAUUAAUUUGAAGAUCAGUGACAUUUAUAGCUACUGACAAAGGGAAGUUAGAUUUACCCUUAAUUUGGAGACCAGAGUGAUCUUUUGUCUACCUACUGACGAAGGGAAAUGAGGUGCUAAGGUUACUUUCAAUUUGAAGACCAGUGUGACCUUUUUCGCUUACUACUGACGAACGGAAAAAUACUUCGCUAUCUAAAGGAGAACAGUGCAAAAAAAGAGAGAAAAAUACAUGUGUGUCGACUCACAGGAAGAGAGGCACGGAAAAGAAGUGAAAAAAAAAAAAUCUUCGCUUACCUGAAGGAGGAAAAAAGGUGUAGAAGAGAGAAGAGGAAAAGAUCUUCAUUUACUUGAAGGAAGAAAAAACAAUCAAAGAAACAAACAGCUGAAUGAAGGAGAGAAAAGUAGCUGUGUGUGACGCUGAUAGAUAGAGAAAGAAGCAAACAAAAAGUAAAGCUUGAGAGAGAAAGAGAGAUAUCAGUAAAGCUUGAGAGACCGAAAGAAAUAACGAAAAGUAAAGCUUGAGAUACAGGGAACGCUUCAGAGAGAGAGAGAGAGAGAGAGAGAGAGAGAGAGAGAGAGAGAGAGAGAGAGAGAGAGACUCCUAAGUGUUCCGGAGUGUCGAGCUGACCACUUGAGUACAUUGAUUCGAAGCACGUGGAGCUUCAUACUAUCGAUCCCGCUGCUUCAAGACAAACACACGAGAGAGAGAGAGAGAGAGAGAGAGAGAGAGAGAGAGAGAGAGAGAGAGAGAGAGCUGAAAAUAAACACUGCAAAAAGAUCGUAAUAAUUCGUAAAAGGAGUCGGUAAAAAUAAAGAAGAGACACAAGAAGAAUUGCAAUUAAGACCGAGAAAAAAAGAGGAAAUAAGAAAGAGGAUAGGAAACACUAAAACAACUCAGGAAAACAGUGAGGCGUGGUAAGAAAUGUGUAAGAGAUAAAAUAUUUGAACAAAAAUUACUGGAAAAUAGAACAUAGUGAAACAAAACAAGAAGAAAAAUAGAAGACAAAAAAGAAAGAUUAAGAUAGGAAAGAGUGGAAGAAAAUAAGCAUAGAUGAAAAAUACGAACGCCACAACAGAAUAAAUGAAUAUAAGCUAAAAAAAAAAAAACGAAAUAAAAGAAAACAGUAAGAAGAAUAAAAGAGACAACAGAAAACGUAAGAGAACAAAGGAAGAAAACUAAAUAUAGAGAAGAUUACUAAAACAAAUAAAAACCGUGUAACAGAAAGAGAUAGAAAAGUAAGAAGAGAAACUAUCACAUCUUUUUCCUUAUCUUUCUCGUCUUCCUCGUCACCGUGAGAAUGGUUGAAGAUCUGGACUUCCCUGUCAUCGUCCGCCGUCGUCGCCUGUACUCGCUGGAGUAUGGGUCGGGCGGGCUGGGGACCCCUCUCUCUCCCACCGUCCGUCGCUCCGUGGAUGAGAGUUCCUUGUGGAGGCGGCGGACGGGGGCCUAUGCCAGCGCGCCCUUCCGCCAGGCAUCCACAGACGAGAUCAGGCGAAGGAGGGAGAGUCUGGCCGCCAUGUCGCCUCACCACCGCUCCACCAGCGCCAUCCACCAUCCGUCAGGUGGAAGUGAAAGCUCUAACUUGCAGCGGAUGAGAAGCUCUCUGCUUGGCCAGUCUGCUCCCUCUCUCUCCAACUCGCUGAAGGAGCUGAGUUUGGUGCGACGGGGCAACAGGGUCCCGGGACAGAGGAAGAGUUUCAUCGCCACCACCUCCCCAACCCUCCCACGAUGUCACUCUCCCCUCAGCCAGAGCAGCCCCAUGGAGUCCCCAAGAAACAUGUCCCCACUCCAGCAUUUUGCAUUUGCACCAGUGAAGAGCCGCGAUGGUCGAAGGUGGUCAGUGGCGUCUCUCCCGUCCUCAGGCUAUGGCACCACCCCAGGCUCCUCCAACGUGUCGUCCCAGUGUUCAAGUCAGGAGAGGCUACACCAGAUAGGGGGUCAAGGGGCGAGUGGGGGCACAGGGCCACCAGCAGGGGCUCCCAACUUCAACAUUGGUUCCCCGGCGGUUGAUGAGGUCCGCCAAACCCACUCGCGCCACUUUUCCUCUGGCGAGAGCAACCCUUCUAUAGAUGAGGACGGCCGGCGGUCGCCCAUGAACAGGCCUCGCUCACGCUCCCUCAGUCUGGCCUGGCUGUGCAUCUCCACACUUGAUAGUCCAAUACGCUCCCCUGUGGUGGACAAUGAGAUCAUCAUGAUGAACACCCUCUACAAGGAACGCUUCCCCAAGGCAACGCAGCAAAUGGAGGAGAGACUAAACACCUUCAUUGAGGACAACCGGACCAUGGAGGUGCAGGGAAGCCCCGACAUAGCCCAGGACGGAGUGGCCAUUGCCCGUUUUGUCCACCACCAGGUCAUUGAGAUGGCCAAGGAUUGUCUGCAGAAGUCUCAGGAAAAGCUAAUAACCAGCAGAUAUUUCUACGAACUUUCAGAAAAUUUAGAGAAGCUACUUUGUGAGACAAAAGACAAGUCGCCGGACGCCGCCGCUCACCUCACGUCCCUCAUUAAGAAGCUGCUGCUCAUCGUGUCCCGGCCAGCACGUCUCCUGGAGUGCCUGGAGUUUGACCCUGAGGAGUUCUACCACUUGUUGGAGCAGGCGGAAGGUCAGGCCAGGACCAACCAGGGCAUCAAGACAGACAUCCCUCAGUACAUCAUCACCAAACUUGGCCUCAACAGGGACCCCUUGGCUGAGCUGAGUGAUGACCUGGCAGCUGAUGGUGAUGCAGAGGACAGCACCGGCAGCGGGACAAGUGCUAGCGGUGCAAACUCCCGCAAGACCUCCAACUCUGAGUACUCCCCGGGCCAGUCUUCCACUCACUCCUCCAGCCCGCCCUCCAAGUCCUCACCCAAGGAGGAGGAGUAUGAGAAUGUCAAGUUGAUAUCCAAUGGGGCGUACGGAGCUGUCUACCUUGUCCGCCACAAGAUCAGCAAGGAGCGCUUCGCCAUGAAGAAGAUCAGCAAGCACAACCUCAUGUUGCGGAAUCAGGUGGAGCAGGUGUUUAACGAGCGGGACAUCAUGAGCUUCACAGACAAUCCCUUCGUUGUGUCCAUGAUCUGCAGCUUUGAGACCAAGAAGCAUUUGUGUCUGGUGAUGGAGUAUGUGGAGGGUGGAGACUGUGCCACGCUGCUCAAGAACAUGGGUCCCCUCCCACCUGACAUGGCGAGGUUCUACUUUGCUGAGACUGUGCUGGCAGUUGAAUAUUUACACAGUUAUGGCAUUGUUCACCGAGACCUCAAGCCAGACAACCUCCUGAUCACUGCCCUUGGCCACAUCAAGCUGACAGACUUUGGCCUCAGCAAGAUGGGUCUCAUGUCCUUGGCCACCAACUUGUACGAAGGUUACAUUGACAAAGAGACGAGGCAGUUUUCAGACAAGCAGGUGUUUGGCACGCCAGAGUACAUUGCUCCAGAGGUCAUUUUGAGGCAAGGCUACGGGAAACCGGUGGAUUGGUGGGCGAUGGGUGUUAUCCUGUAUGAAUUCUUGAUUGGCUGCGUCCCCUUCUUUGGGGAGACGCCUGAGGAACUGUUUGCCCACACGGUGAAUGAUGACAUAGAGUGGCCCAGUGAAGAGGAGUGGCCCGUGCAGGAGGAUGCCAAGGACCUGAUCUCAGCGCUGCUCCACCACUCGCCGCUGGAUCGCCUUGGUACAGUAGGAGGUGCCAUGGAGGUGAAGGAGCACGUCUUCUUUAUCCCCAUCGACUGGGAUUCACUCUUGAGGCAAAAAGCCGAGUUUGUGCCCCAGCUGGAUAACGACGAGGACACAAGCUACUUUGAUACUCGGUUAGAUCGGUACAACCACGAGUUGGAGGAAGACAGUGAGGAAGGAGGAGAGGGUGGAGCAUUCCCUUCCUUCUCCUCAUACUCUCCAAGGUACCACAAGAUCACGUCAUCACAUUCUGCUGACGUGCCUCAGCUAGACACCAGUUUCCAGACGGAGGCUUCGAGUGAGGGAGGACAGGACAAUGCUGACCCUCGAGAUUCUGUGUCUCGUGGGGACUCUGGACACAGCGACCAAUCAGAGUCCUCACGGUCCACCCUUGAGUCCUCCACGAACACUCCAGAGACGGAGAGCCAGGACCUCCCAGCGACCCCUGAUGUGACUGGUGGUAAGCUAGAGGGAGGGCCAGUGUGUCAGAGCACCCCAGAGUCCUCACAGACUGAGAGCGAGGAUGUGUCACCCCAAGUCCAGAGAAGAAGACGGCUGCACUCUCACUCUAGAGAUUCUCUGCCAAGAUUCUCCAUAUCUGGAGAAGAAGACUGGCUAAGUUUGUUCCUUUCAAGCAUGGAGGGCGGAAGCUUGCGGGAGUUGUCGCCGGUGGACGAGCGACCAGGAGCCUCGGAAAGACUGUCCAUGCCGAAAUUCAACGUGCCGCCCUCAUCGCCAGCCUUCAAGCAAAGGACGAGGCAGGUGAUCAAGAGUGCCUCUGCCUCGGGCCUCUCCCUCAUGAUCCCUACAGACGACAGUUCUCCACAGCCCAUCCAGUCUCCAGGUGGCUCCAGCACAGCCUCUUCCAGGGAUGCCUCACCCUCCAGAGAAAUAUCUCCUCUCGUCAACUCCCUCAAGCCUCCCACUAUCAUCCGCCGAGGUCCGCAGGGCUUCGGCUUCACUAUCCGAGCCAUCAGGGUCUACUUCGGGGACUCUGACUACUACACUGUGCAUCACCUGGUCAUGGAUGUUGACCAGCGGAGUCCAGCAUUUGAGGCCGGCCUGCGUCCUGGGGAACUCAUCACCCACAUCAACGGGGAGCCCAUCCAGGGAAUGUUCCACACCCAGGUCGUCACGCUGCUCAUGAGUUCCACCGACCAUGUCUCCCUCCGCUCAAUGCCACUGGACCAGACUUCCAUCAGGGCAGGUGGGCGGAAGAGACAUCCAGGCGCGUCCAAGCUGGCCAAGCGUCUGCCAGCAGCCAAACCACGCCGCUCCAAGAAGGAGUCAGAGAAGAGACGGAAAACUUCACUAUUCCGGAGGGUGUCCAACAAGAGAGUCUCCGCGGAAAUUCAGCAGCUGAGUACUCCUCAGUCGGCUCCUGUUUUAUCUCCUGAUUUUGUGCCUCAGUUCUCAGCUACUUUGCUUGCCGCCUCAGGGUCACCCCCCAUGCUGACACCCAGCCGGAGCUUCCAGUCCCUCAACCGCUCCGUCUCCUCCCAGGACAGCAUCCCCAGUUCUCCCACACGCUGCAAGUCACCUCACUCACCUCCCACUGCCCGCCUCUUCUCCCCCUCAGUGGAGCAGGUCCAGUCGCCCCUGAACUCCUCCGGGUCCUCCUCCCCCACGUCCUCAGUGCCGAACUCCCCUGCCGGCUCAUCCACUCUCCACCAGAGGCCGUCAUCCCUCCACGUCAACCACAAGGUAGCCAACGUCAACUGCUUCCGCUCUCCAAACAGGCGAAAGUCAGUGGGUCAUAUCCCGCUCUCCCCCCUGGCCCGCACUCCCUCCCCCUCACCCCUGCCAGCCUCUCCUACCCGAUCCCCAUCACCAUUGGUCCACCAUCACCAUCACCAUCAUCACCACCACCACCAUCACUGUCCUGGAUCCUCCAACACCACCCAGACCUACUCCCCUGGCUCCUCACUCACCCCUGGGCCAGCCUCAAAGAAGUGUCUCGGUCGGCCCAAGAGUGCCGAGCCGGGGUCUCCACUGCUGCGCCGUGCCCUGUCCCCAGACCGCCUUCACCCGCGGUCUGCUGAGGCAAAGGGCACAGCCACCAUCAGCCCCCUGGCCACUCCCUCCCCACCCAAGCUGACCAACAAUCCCCCAAGACUCACCAUCACCAGCCAGUCGCCGCCCAACUAUGAGACCCCCAGCGUGCUGCGGUCCAGCGGCCUGUCCCAGCGGUACAGCGGUGCCGUCAGCCUCCCACCAGCACUGUCCACCAGCCCUCUGGAGGAGGCUCCUGAGGAACUGGAUUCACCUGAAAGGCAGGAAGCAUCACGGACAAGUUUUUGUGAGAGCCCCCAGAGCGGGCGAGGACAAGCCCCCCCAGGGACCAGCACCGAGGCCACUCCUGGGCCUGGCAAGGAGGGCCGCCCCACGGGCUCAGCUCAGGGUGGUGGACAGCACUGCUGCACCACAGACAAGAGACCCAACAAAGAGCACACAGAAGGAAAGGAGAAGGGCCGGAGCGACAGUCGUAGCCGCAGGGACACGAGGGACCUGCGGCGGGAGGACAGCAAGCGCGAGUCUCGGCGCACAGCUCAGGAAAAGAGGGAGUUGUUCAAGGCCGGCAAGGAGAAGGAAGGCACCUCCUAGGGUUGGCCCUCCGCUGGCCCCCCUGCACCCACAAGUGGCACCAACGCGUGCCUCCAACACUUGUGUGUCUUCUGGGCGGGGCCGCGGCCAUCCCCCUCUUGUAAGAAGUAAGGAGACUGUUUGCAGCUUGUGAUGAUUUCUUCCUUUCCUCUCUUGGACAAAUGUUGCUAUCUUUAGCAAGUAGCAGAGCUACUGAAAUCAUUCCUGGUAUAUUGUUGGUUUGUGUUGUGUGGAGUUGUUGUGAUGCCACAAGGUCUGGUUGUGUUACUACCAUUGUGAUAUUACAGAGACCACAAGUCUUAAUCUUGCGUGUCUGUCUCAGUCGCCAAUAUGUAGGCACCAAAACUUCGGUCCCUGUCAUUUUGUAAAUACUUUAUAAUACGUUUAUCUCAAAGAUUUUUAUGUUUUUACUUACUGUUUAAAGUUGUCUGUGUUAUAACUGCAUAUUAUCUAUAUAUACGUACUCAUACUCAUUUUAUCAAGCUCAUGGAGUUCUCUAGUGUUGUAUAUAUUUUGUCCCUCAUUGUCAUGUUGCUGUACAAUUUUACAGUUGCCAUGUUGGAGCCAUCAGGUGGAAUUUAGCAUAUUGGACACUUUUGCCGUUUCCAUUCUUCUUCCCUCAGGUUCAAGGGGCAAUUCAAAAAAAAUAAUUGUUGAUGGCUGUGGUUUUGGUUAAGCUCUUGGUGAUGUGUUCUGCUUGUGUUUCCUUGCUGUAAAAGAUACCAUGAUGUGUACUUAAGAUAAUAGUUUUAAUUUGUAUUCCAUUUGUGAAGUCACCGCCGGUGUACACACGAUGCACUACUUGGACUCACAUAGAAACUGAUUAGGCUCUUAGUUGGUAUGGUGAGACACCAUUGGCAUUUUGUAUGUCACUCAAUAGUUGCUUGAAGUUCAUUAGUAUUAGUUAAAAGUUCAUAGAUUUGAUGAAUUAUAGUCAUAUUUUUCUCCUUGAAAGGCGAUGUGCUUUAGGAGUCGAGCCAUCUCCUUCGGUGUGGGUUAUCCGGCUAACUUUUCAUGUUAAUUCCAGGAGACUUUCUUGUAACAAGGCGCGUAAAUGUUGUUCUUAUGGACGUAAUAAUGAUGCUUCCUUUAUGCAUUUGUCUCGCAAGACCAAGCUGAUGGUCCGGUAAUGUCUGAAGCUUUUCCAUAGUUGUAAUUUGUCAAUUUUUCUCAUUAGGUAGCAGUGAGGAAAAUUCGUAAAAAUGUGUAGAAAACGUUUGUAAAAGGAAAUAAUUAUUUUCACUAUAGUGAGUGUAGUUUACAAAUUGUUAUUAUUUUCAAGAUGUGGUUAGUCAGUACUUUUAGCUUGCUGUCGUGCUUCACCAGAGCUGCCAGGGACCAGUGGCAUGCCACCUCUGCUGGGGAACAUUUGAUCGAGGUCUUCCUUUUUGCCUCCCGCCUUGGAGCGCCUCGCCGUGACUUUCCCAAUCAUGCAGGGGAGAAUGAUGAACCAAACUUACCUUUAGUCACUGGAGUGCACCAUGACUUUCUCUGCCACUGGUGGGGGGCUGGCUGGGCGGGCACUCCUGCCUUCAGGAUGCCUGGUGGGGACCUUUUGGUUCACCUCUUGGUUUAGGUUUUAUGUUCCACUUGAGGCUCAAUGUUCCUUUGGUUUCUGGUUUCUGAAAUCAUAUAGUUUGUUAGUUAUCUUGCUUAUGGGUUUCUCCAACACAAGAAUCCAGUGUUUACUCAGUGCAAGAGAAUUUUAUAGAAAUCAAAUUUGAAAAAUAAAAAAUAAAAGAUGAAAACCCACAUGUAGAAGGAAUGACAACUUUCAUGAAAUUUGAAUGGUCAUGAUUUUGAAGGCUUUCUUUUCCCAAGUGUUAGCAGAGAACUUUCUUCAGUUUACCCUGAGACAAUUUCAAAGAAAACUGACAGGCUGUCACACGAACCAGAAUUAAAGAGUGAACAUCAGUCCCGUCAUGACCCAUCCAGAACACUAACAGAUUUAUAAAAAAAGAAAUGAGAUAUAAAUAAUUACACAACGCUUUAAUAUAUAUAAAAUUACAUAAUGUUGAAAUAUUUGAACUAUAUUUUUUGUACUAAAGGAGACCUAAGGGAAUUUUUUUAUUUUUUUCCAUUUAAAGCAAGGAUUUGGUGGCUAAGCUUUACCUUUGAAAAAUGUCAUUUACAACUGAGAGGAAAAUGUUUCUUCAAGGCUUCUUUUGUACUAGCCGAAGUGUAAUCUUCCAGAUAUGGCCUGAGGAGUGUUGUAUUAUCAUUUAAUAUUUGUAAAGCUCCUGCAUUGCAUCACAGGCAGACGAGGACCGACCGGAGUGCCAUUUUCAUAUCCAACAUGGUUGCUACGUCGUCACAUCCCAUGUUUUCUAGAUAAGUACAUACUAGGAAAAAUAAAUGUCUUAGAUUUCCA